CCGCCCCCGCGUGGCUUCUGCUCACUCGGCUUGGGGCAGCGCGGCGGCUGGGGGCGCACCGCAGCGCGCAGAGGCCGCCGGGACCGAGCGCACGUGGGACAACCGGCCUGACGCCGCGCCUGGCCUCUCUGCAGCCUUGGGGUGGACGGCUCAUGGAGCCCGGGCUGCUGCGGCCGGCGCCAGUGAGUGAAGUCAUCGUCCUGCAUUACAACUACACGGGCAAGCUCCACGGUGCUCGCUACCAGCCCGGCGCGGGGCUGCGCGCCGACGCCGUCGUGUGCCUGGCAGUGUGCGCGCUCAUCGUGCUCGAGAACUUGGCCGUGCUGUUCGUGCUCGCGCGCCACCCGCGCUUCCACGCGCCGAUGUUCCUGCUGCUGGGCAGUCUCACGCUGUCUGACCUGCUGGCGGGCGCCGCCUAUGCCGCUAACAUCCUACUGUCCGGGCCGCUUACACUGCGCCUGUCGCCAGCGCUUUGGUUCGCGCGCGAGGGCGGCGUGUUCGUGGCGCUCGCUGCGUCUGUGCUGAGUCUCCUGGCCAUCGCGCUCGAGCGUCGCUUCACCAUGGCGCGCCGGGGUCCUGCGCCCGCCGUCCGUCGGGGGCGUACGUUAGCGCUGGCGGCCGCGGCCUGGGGCGCGUCGCUGCUCAUCGGGCUGCUGCCGGCGCUGGGUUGGAACUGCCUGGGCCGCCUGGACGCCUGCUCCACCGUGCUGCCUCUCUAUGCCAAGGCCUACGUGCUCUUCUGCGUGCUUGCCUUCGUCGGCAUCCUGGCCGCCAUCUGUGCGCUCUAUGCGCGCAUCUACUGCCAGGUGCGCGCCAAUGCGCAGCGCCUGCAGGCGCGGCCCAGGGCUAGCCGGGGCGCCUCGGACCCGGCGCGCCGCACGCAGCGCAAGCUGGCGCUGCUGCGCACACUCAGCGUGGUGCUCCUGGCCUUCGUGGCGUGCUGGGGUCCCCUCUUCCUGCUGCUGCUGCUGGACGUGGCGUGCCCGACGCGCGCCUGCCCAGUGCUCCUGCAGGCUGACCCUUUCCUGGGCCUGGCCAUGGCAAAUUCGCUUCUGAACCCUAUUAUCUACACACUCACAAACCGCGACCUGCGCUACGCGCUCCUGCGUCUCGUCUGCUGCGGCCGUCGCCCCUGUGGCCUAGGUCAGGGCGGUUCCAGUCCUCCCGAGAGCGCGGCUGGGGCUUCUGGCGGCCUGCGCCAAUGGCCGCCUCCCUGCACCGACGGCAGCUCCAGUCGCUCUGAGCGCUUGUCGCCCAGACGGAAUGGGCUGGACACCAGCGGCUCCAUUGGUGGCCCCGGCGCACCCACAGCUGCCCAGACCCCGGUGCCCGCGCCUGCUGCAGACUGACGCGCCCAGGCCCGCCAUUGCCUUCCCCAAGAGCUGUUUUGCAGACUGUUUUUGUCUUAAAUAUAGGAAUUUGUAGGAAACGCAGCCGAAGACACAGGGCAAAUAUAUUAAUUGAAGUCAAGCGCCAGCUAUUGAGUGCCUACUGUGUGCCACGCUCUAUAUCAGGCACUAGGGACACAGCAGUGAACAAAACAGACGACAUCUUGCCUUUGUGGAACUGAAAUUCUGGUCGAGGACACAGACAAUAACAAUGAAGAAAUGGCGAUAAUUGCAGUGAUAAUACAAUGAUGGUGUCAGUAAUGGCAGUCCCCUGAAGGAAGGGCAUUUCCGGAGGAAGGAAUUGCAGGUGCGAAGGCCCUGAGGCUGGUGUGUUCAAUGAAAAGCAAGGAUCCUGGUGUGUCUUAAGCAGAGAAAUGGAGGGGGAGAACAGAUUGUAUAGGGCCUUGUGGGGGAGGGGAGGACUUUGGUUUUGCUCCAAAUGAGAUGGGAGCCAUGGAGAGUUCUGAGCAGAGGAGCGAGGUGACCUGGCUCAGGUGUUCACAGGCACCCUCUGGUGCUGUCGGGACAGGCUGUGGUGGGUGAGGUGAUUGUAUUGGCCCAGGGAAGCCAUGAUAGGGACACCAGCAGACUCACCCCAGGUGGUUACUGGAUAGAUUUUGGAGGCAGUGAACAAAAUUACUGAGGAAUUGGGUAUGGGGUGAGGGAAAGAAAGAAGUCAAGGAUGAUUCCUCAGUUUAGAGCGAUGAAGCCAGGGACAGGGCACCCCAAAAUUUGGGAGAUUCAGCCAAAUCCUGUCUGAGCACAAAAUUUCCUUGAGUGCAGUGUCGAUCCUUCAUUGUAAAAACUAAUAAAAAUAAAUUUAAAAUUAAUAGCGAUUACAGUUUGUUAUACUAGCUAGUUGCCUUACAAUCCUAGGCUGAGGACACAUAUUUUGUUUUUCUCACCCUUACAGCAACCUUGCAAGGUAGAUUUUGUCACUUCUAUUUAACAGAUGAGGAAACUGAGGCUCCAAGCAGUGAGUACCUUGCCCCACUGAGCCAGGAUUCUAG